UGUGGGCGGAGUAAAGCAGACUACGUGACAAAAUGGCGGCGACCAUGAAGAACGUGGAAGAAAUUCGAAAUAGAGUGAUACUGGGGGAAUUUGAUGUGAAAAAUGUACAUACGACAGAUUACCCUGGAAACUACCCGGGCUAUGAUGAUGUGUGGGAUAUGCAGAAAUUUCAGAAGAACUUCAGAAUUGACGUGGUGCAUCUAGACGAGAACACUAUGGAGUUUGACAUGGUGGGGAUAGAUGCAGCCAUUGCCAACGCCUUCAGAAGGAUCUUACUAGCAGAGGUGCCUACCAUGGCUAUAGAGAAGGCGUUUAUCUAUAACAACACAUCCAUCGUCCAGGAUGAAGUCCUUGCCCACAGAUUAGGCCUCAUCCCCAUCAAAGCUGAUCCUCGUCUGUUUGAGUACAGGAACACUGGUGAAGAGGCUGCAGAGGAAGAAGGUUCAGAAAUCGACACAAUUCAACUACAGCUGAAGAUUAAAUGCAGCAGGAACCCCAGAGCCAGCAAAGACUCCUCUGACCCACGAGAGCUGUAUCUGAACCACAUGGUUUAUUCCAAGGACAUAAAGUGGGUCCCCAUCGGGAACCAGGCAGACGUGUUUGCAGACUCUGGCAUCGGACCGGUACAUGAUGACAUCCUGAUAGCUCAGCUACGACCAGGACAGGAGCUGGACAUCAUCAUGCACUGCGUCAAAGGACUCGGUAAGGACCAUGCUAAGUUCUCUCCAGUGGCCACAGCCAGCUACCGCCUCCUCCCAGAGAUCACCCUGCUGGAGCCUGUGGAGGGAGAGAAGGCAGAACGCUUAAAACGCUGCUUCUCACGAGGAGUUAUCGACCUGGAAGAUGUUAAUGGGAAAAAGGUUGCCAAAGUAGUGAACAGUCGCCUGGAUACAUGCAGCAGAGAAGUCCUCCGACAUGAUGACCUGAAGAACUUGGUGAAGCUUGGAAGGCUGCGUGACCAUUUCAUCUUUACUGUGGAGUCGACUGGAAUCCUGCCUCCAGAAGUCCUGGUCACAGAGGCCAUCAAAGUCCUCAUGGCCAAGUGUCAGAGGUUUCUCAAUGAACUGGACUCUACUGACAUGAAGUGAAAUAAUGACUGAGCAUGCUCAGACACACCAUGUAGGAUCUCAUGUUGAACUACGCAACAGCCCGUCAACCUAAACUUUGCUGUAUUUUUUUUUUCAAAAAGCAGAUUUUGUCAUGGUUGGUAGACUUGCUUGUAAGUAUGUAUAUACUGCUGUCUCUAGUAUUUUGUAUACCGUUCUUUUGUGUUAAGGAGCUUCCUUAAAUAAACAAGCUGAAUUUAAUGAAAA